GGGCUGGGGAGCCGGGUCAGCAAUCUGGGGGUGGUGGUCUCUCUGGGCACGGGGAAGCCCCCCCAGGUCCCCGUCAGCUCCGUUGACGUGUUUCGGCCAUCGAACCCCUGGGAGUUGGCGAAAACUGUCUUCGGUGCCAGAGAACUGGGCAAGAUGGUGGUGGACUGUUGCACAGACUCUGACGGCCGGGCGGUGGAUCGAGCUCGAGCCUGGUGUGAGAUGGUGAACAUUUCCUAUUUCAGGCUGAAUUCCCAGUUGAAGACGGACGUGAUGCUGGACGAGGUGGACGACGCUAUUCUGGUGAACAUGUUGUGGGAAACGCAGAUAUACGUUCAUCAGGAGAGAGAGAGCAUCAAACAACUCGCCCGGCUCCUGCUGACUGCCUGACUGCCCGCGGCCCCGGGGGCGCGGGGGAGGGAGUGUGUGAGUGUGUGUGUGUGUGUGUGUGUGUUGGGGAGUGGGGGGGGGGGGAUCAUGGGGGCAGAUUCCAGACUGACAAGUGAGUGUGUGUGUGUGUGUUGGGGGCGGGUGGUGGAGUUGUGUGUGUGUGCGUGAGGGGGGGUCGCGGGGGCAGAUUCCAGACUGACCAGUGUGUGUGUGUGUAUUGGGGGGGGGGGGGGGCGGGGGUGGUGGUGUGUGUGUGUGGCUGCUCCGAGAUUCUCCCACCCACCUCUCUAUCAACGCUGCGAACACCCUCCCCACGUUAACAGUGUGAACUUCUCCCCAAUGGAAAUCCAUCCACCGGCCCUCCUCCCCCUCUGUGACUCUGCCCCAACACAGGCUGCCACCCAGAAUCAUAGAGCGUCACAGCACAGAAGGAAGCCGUUCGGCCCCUCGAGCCUGUGCCGGCUCUUUG